UUCUGAUUGUCCAUAAUAUAUACAAUCGAGCCUUAUCGCUGUGCUGGAUCAAUUUCGGUGCAUUUAUUUGGCUCCUUUCCAAUUUUAUCUGGAUGAUUGGCGAAUUUUGUCUGGAAAAUUCGGCCGAGAUCUUCGGCAACUCCGACCCGAAGGCAGCCACAGUGCGCGCACAGGAGAUCUACGACCAGCUCGACACCAUCACCAGCUACAUGCUGGUUGUGGGUACAGUCUGGCUGGGGCUGUACUACAUAGUAAGCCGAUGCAAAUGUAUGCCGUACUUUGACCGGACUGAUACGUUUACGUUAAAACUCAACAACCGUUCGCCUCCCCAGAGGUUCAGUAUUCUGUUUCGGGAUUUCGACGAGUACGCGAUGGUGCAUGUGUUCCUGUGGUGCCUCAAGGAUGUCAUGUGGCAGGAAGAUAUCGCCUGGGGGUAUAUGUGCAUAUAUGUACCUACAUUCAUUCUAUUAAUAGAUGUACUCUAUCUCUCGGCCACGCACCGAGGCCAGUUCAUGGAGUUCGCGCACUCCAUCAUCACCGUGCUCUGGUUGCUUAGCAACGGGCUCUGGGCGUAUGGCGAGCUUGUUGAAGACGACGAUAGUGUCGAUAUCACAACGAGACAUGUUUAUUCAUUCCCGAGCAACCCCACUACUGACACACGCUUACAUUGGAGAUAUGCGGCCGGGUGUGUGUUUGUUGUGGCUCUAACGUUGGUGAUGGUAUCACACAUGGCCUGGAUGGUAUGCACACACACCGGGGUGCUGCCCUUGCAGUACGGCUAUGAGACUCUGGAUACGGAGUUGAGUGAGGAGUUGGUACAAGCUGAAGAGCUCGACUCGGAUUUGGGUGGCUAUGAAAGUCCGAAAGCGAGGCAAAGCAAGGUGGUGGUGAAAGGCUAUAUAUAGGAUGUAGAACAAGUAGACAGCUUAAUUUAGAAUUAUUAGGAUGGCACAGGGCUCUGUGUGAUCACAUAUCAGGGGUCACAUUCUCCUGAGUAAAUUAUCGUAAAGGAAGGUCGUAUCAUAUUCUUCUUCAUUGCCUAUCACAAAGUCUGGUGAUUGGGCCAUACAGUUGCUUUGUUCGUAACAUGCAACGUGUGAUUGAGCCAUACAGUUGCUUUGUUCAUAGCAUGCAACGCAUUGCCUGCGACGGCCAUUAAGUAUAUGCAGCUCACCGAAUGAGCAUGAUCUCUGAUUAAAUGAGACAUAGUUUGGCAGUUUGGCAAUCUGAUGAUAU